CAGCGCCGUUAACGUCAAGGCGGCAAAUACCAUAAUUACUUUUUGGCAGCGAUCAUCAAAUCAUGAGCGUGUGAAGAAAAGAACGCGCCGGUUUUUCUUUUAUUUUUUAGAACUUUUACAAGGAAAAAUCACAAGAAAUUGUCGAAAUGGGUUCAUAUUUAUCCGAACCAAUAACGGAAAAGAUAUCUGUCGAUGAAGAAAAUGAUAAAUUGGCCUAUGGAGCAAGCUCCAUGCAAGGUUGGCGCGAAAGCCAAGAGGAUGGACAUAAUGCUAUUUUAAACUUUGAUGAAAAAAUUUCAUAUUUUGCUGUUUAUGAUGGUCACGGAGGUCAUGAAGUGGCACAGUAUUGUUCCCAGGAACUGCCAAAUUUUAUUAAAAAUACUGAUGCAUAUAAGAGAGGUGAUAUCGAGCAAGCCUUAAUUGAUGGAUUUUUAGGAUUUGAUGCUUCAAUUACAAAACCUGAAAUUAUAAAAAUUUUGAAAGAUAUUGCUACUGAUAGACAUGUUGAAGAAUCAGAUGAAGAAAAUGUUAAUAAUUUAUAUGAAGAAGCUUCUAUGCCUAUUGAAAAAGUAAUAGAAAAGUAUACAAACUUAGUCAAUCCUACAUUGAAAGCUCUUAAAAAGGGAGAAAAAUUACCUAGAUCGCCAGUGAUUACUCCUAAAAGAGAUAAAUCUUUAUCAUCAUUACCUUCUGGAUCAAGCGUUGAUGAUGAACCAGGUGGCUCAAAAGAUGAUAUUAGUAGUGAAGUGAAGGAAGAAGUAAAGAAAGAUACUGAAAAUCAUACUUCAUCUGAAAAUAGUAUAUCUAUUGAUAUAAUGAAUGGUGAAGAUAAAAAAGAUAUCGAAACUUCUAAAGGUGAUGUAUCACCAAAUGGUCCUGUCCCUAAAAUUGUAGUUGAAGAGGUAAAAAGUGAAACACCAAGCAAAGUGGAAGAAUUGGAAGGAACUGUUCAUAAUGGAGAUAUAGAAAAGGGCGAUAAAGAAAACAAAGACACUCCAGAAGGUACUCCUAAUAAGGGAAAAGGGAAAGCGAUAUUAAAAAAAGGAAAAUCUCCUAUAAACACUAGGCCAAAAAGAAGCGCAUCACAAUUGUAUAAAAAGUUGCUAGACUAUCAAGAAGAUAGUGAAGAUGAAAGCGAAGAUGAGGAAGAUAAGACCUUCGUUGAACCUGCUGAAAGUUCCGAUGAUGACGACGAUGUAAAUGUGGCAAUAGAAGAUGGCUCAGAGGGGGAAACCAGUGAAGAAGGUGAAGAAGAAGAGGUAGAGGAGGAGGAGGAGGAUGAAGAACUUGAUGAAGAAUCUGAGCACACUCUAGAAUUUGCCAGAAAUAUGAAAGAAGAGCCAGGGUCCGAUAGUGGAUGUACAGCAGUCGUGGCAAUAGUACACGGAACAGAGUUAUAUGUGGCCAAUGCUGGAGACUCAAGGUGUAUUAUUUGUCGAAACGGCAAUGCCGUUGAAAUGUCCUUUGAUCACAAACCUGAAGACGAACCCGAAAAAACUAGAAUCCUUAAUGCAGGAGGUGAGGUGACCGUCGAAGGAAGAGUGAACGGAGGCCUGAAUUUGAGCAGAGCCAUAGGGGAUCAUGCCUACAAACAGAACAAGGAUUUGAGUGACAAAGAACAGAUGAUUACAGCAUUACCGGAUAUUAAGAAGUUGACAAUAAAUCCUAGCGAGGAUGAAUUCAUGGUGUUGGCAUGUGAUGGAAUAUGGAACUUUAUGUCCAGUCAGGAGGUUGUCGAAUUUGUCAAGCCGCGGUUAGAUGCGAAUCCAGAAAAAAUCUCCAGUGUAUGUGAAGAGAUGUUUGAUCAUUGUUUGGCUCCCGACACUAUGGGCGAUGGAACCGGCUGUGAUAAUAUGACCGCCAUUAUUGUUAAGUUCAAGCCUAACAUGAAGAAGAGAGUGGCGAGCCCGGACCCAGAAAAGAAAGAUUCUGAAACGAAAAGGGCUAAAACCGACAACGCUGCAGAAGAAGGGAAAUCGUCAUCAUGAGUCAAUAAAUUAGGAUAAUAAAUUUGUACAAGAAAUGUUUGUUUUUAUACAAAGGGUUGGCCAAUUUAUAUCUCGAGACUGUGAACAGACCACGUGUAGCCAUCGAAAUAUACGAGUUUAGUUAUAUGUAUGAACAUUUAAGUGCUAAUUCAAGAAUAUAACUUUUUUUACAACUUUA